UAUCUGUUGUCCCCCUUGCUGGAACAUUUUAUUUGCUUAAUUACAGACCUUUCAAGAUUCUGUUCAAGUUUUACCUCUCUGAGAAACGUUCCCUAAAGCCCUCUCAGGCUAGAAUAGUUGCUCUCUGUAUCUCCUGCAUACCUUUAUGAGCAAAUUCAUCAAAUCAUUAUCAUUACUAGUUUGUUUCUACAACUAGAAUCAUUUUUUUUUUUCUUUUUUGGUAUCUUCUAAAUCUAACACAGGGCCUGACACAAAGAUGACAUCUAUGAAUAAAUGAAUGAAAGCAGCAGUAGGACUACUUGACCAUCUAGGAAACAUUCUGAAAUGGAUCCCAAAUAUUUCAUCUUAAUUUUGUUUUGUGGACACCUGAACAAUACAUUUUUCUCAGCGAUAAAAGCAAUUACAACAGAGAAGCAACCACAGUCUCCUUUACUUAGCUCAUCAAUGCCAUAUGUCUUGGCUAAUUCUCAAAACUCAACAGGGAAUCCUUUGGGUCAACCAACACCAACUGCCAAAGGUUCUGCUGGACAACCAACAGCAGUUGCCUCUUCAGAAAAACCAGCAGCACAAACAUCUGCCAGACAACCACCUGUCUAUACCACCACCAGACAACCAACAUCAAUGGCCAAUACUGUCUCCCAACAAACAGCACAACCUGUGUUCACCCCUGGCAGACAACUACCAACCUUUGCCUACACUUCUACCAGACAAUCGCAACCAUCUGUCCAUACUUCUGUUCAACAACCACUACCUGUCCGGACCUCUCCGGGAAAGGCAGUACGACCAACUAUUCAAAAUGUACCUACACAACCAACAUCAGCUGACAAAAGGCCACCUGGGAUUACACCAGGAUUCAUCACAGAAGAUACCAGUAGCACACAAAUCCCACAUAAAACCGAUUCUAAUUAUAUAGCUGCCAUAAUAGUUGGAGUAAUUCUGGUUUCUAUGUUGGCAGUUAUAAUCAUCAUUUUAUUACGCAAGUGCGUGAGAAAACCAGUUGUAAAUGAUCAAAACUGGGCAGGUAGGUCUCCAUUUGCUGAUGGUGAAACCCCUGAUAUGUGUUUGGAUAACUUCAGAGAAAAUGAAGCAUCCACAAAACGUACAUCAAUUAUUUCACUUAUGGCCUGGAAAUCAAACAAAAGCACACUCUUAGCAGAUGACUUAGAAAUUAAGUUGUUUGAAUCAACUGAAAACAUUGACGAUUCCAACAAUUCCAAAACAGAGAAAAUAAAAGAUCAAGUAAAUGGUACAUCAGAGGACAGUGCUGGUGGAUCCACAAUUGGCACUGCUGUUUCUUCUUCAGAUGAGGCAGACCUGCCUCCACCACCUCCUCAGCUUCUCAAUUUGGAAGGACAGGAGAGUAACCAAUCUGACAAACCCACAGUAACAAUUUUAUCUCCUUCUCCAAGUGAUUCCACCAGCCUCCCCCCAACUCUGGACCAUCCCAGUCAACUUUGUGAAGAUCAUAAUUCUGAGCUCAAACAGUCAUUUCCACCUCCCCCCGACUCACUUGCCUUGCCCUUGCCCCCAGGAGAUUUUCUAAAAAACUUGGAAGAUUCCACCAAUGAGAUCCAAUGUCAGGAGAUCUCUAUUCUUCCUAAUGUGGAUCAAGAUCUCAGUGAAUCACUGCCACCCCCACCUGAAGAAUUGUUAUAAAUAUUACAGCUUGCUUUCUAGAGGGCUCUCUAUCUUUUGUUUUUCUUCAUAUGAUGAAAUACAUUAAAUGGCAACUAGUAGCUAAUUUUGAUUUUUAUUCAGGAGCUGCCUGAAAUAUGCUCAAAGCCCACGUGCAUAGGUGAAACUUAUUUUUUAAAAAAACAUGCAACAGUGAUCUAUUUACUGGCUAUAGCAUCUAGUUUUAAUGUAGAGUAUAUUUUACAUAUGCAGAUGGUAGGUAUGUGUGUCAAUAACUUAACCAUUUUGGAAAGAACCUACGUAUACUAGGUAUCACCCCAUAUAUUCC